AUGGGUGUCCUCGAACAGCUCAACCGCAAGGCCGGUGUCAUCGUCGGUGACGAUGUCCUGCGUCUCUUCGAAUACGCCAAGGAGAAGGGCUUUGCUCUCCCGGCUAUUAACGUCACCUCCUCGUCCACUGUCGUCGCUUCUCUCGAGGCUGCCCGCGACCAGAACUGCCCUGUUGUCCUGCAGAUCUCGCAGGGCGGUGCCGCUUUCUUCGCUGGCAAGGGCGUGAGCAAUGACGGCCAGAAGGCUUCCAUCGCCGGCUCCGUUGCCGCUGCCCACUACAUCCGCAGCAUUGCCCCCGUCUACGGCAUCCCCGUUGUCCUCCACACCGACCAUUGCGCCAAGAAGCUUUUGCCGUGGCUCGACGGCAUGCUCGACGAGGACGAGCGCUACUUCAAGCUCCACGGCGAGCCCCUCUUCUCCAGCCACAUGAUUGACCUGUCGGAGGAGCCCGUCGACUACAACAUCCAGACCACCGCCGCCUACCUGAAACGGGCCGCCCCCAUGAAGCAGUGGCUCGAGAUGGAAAUCGGUAUUACCGGUGGUGAGGAAGACGGCGUCAACAACGAGGACGUCGACAACAACUCGCUGUACACGCAGCCCGAGGACAUCCUGGCUAUCCACAACGCGCUGUCGGCUGUCAGCCCGUACUUCUCCAUCGCCGCCGGCUUCGGUAACGUGCACGGUGUGUACAAGCCCGGCAACGUGCGUCUGCACCCCGAGCUGCUCCAGAAGCACCAGGCCUACGUCAAGGAGAAGCUCGGCUCCAAAACCGACAAGCCCGUCUUCUUCGUCUUCCACGGUGGUUCCGGCUCGUCCAAGGCCGAGUACAAGGAGGCCAUUGGCUACGGUGUCGUCAAGGUCAACGUCGACACCGACAUGCAGUACGCCUACCUGUCCGGUGUCCGCGACUACGUGCUUGGCAAGAAGGACUACCUCCUCAAGCCUGUCGGCAACCCCGACGGCGAGGACAAGCCCAACAAGAAGUUCUUCGACCCCCGCGUCUGGGUGCGCGACGGUGAGAAGAGCAUGAGCAAGCGUGUGCAAGAGGCCCUGGAGGACUUCAACACUGCUGGCCAGCUGUAA